CUUUUGAUUUGGUUCUUCAGCUCGCUGUUCUCGGACCUAAGAAGCACAUUGCUGUCCUCUGCCAUCUCAGCAGCUUUUUGCAGUUUGCCUCAUCAUCUGCUCCUGGUUAAGAGUCCUGCACUGACGACACAAAUUCAUACAUUCAGUCCUUCAGUUCCCAGCGACUUCCUGAAACCUCAUCUGUGUCACUGACUCUGAUCUGCGAGCAGGUGAGUUCCAGGCAGACAGUCGCACUGUCUCCACCAUGAAGCGUGUCGUUGUGUGGAUGUUUUCGCUGACACUGGUCAUCUCAGUGUCAUCUCAGGUCUUCCACUGGGGUCCGUGUCCGACGCCGCUGGUCCAGCCGAACUUUGAACUGAACAGGUACCUGGGAAAGUGGUACGAAAUCGAGAAACUCCCAGCAACCUAUGAGAAAGGCACAUGCAUCGAAACCAACUACUCUCUCAGACCUGACAAGACCAUCAGAGUUGUUUAUGUCCGGACACGUAAGGGAAAAGUGAGGACUGCUGAGGGAACAGCCAUCGUACAGAACCAGAGAGAACCGGCUAAACUCGGAGUCAGUUUCUCCUACUUCACUCCAUACAGCCCGCACUGGGUUUUAUCCACUGAUUAUGACUCCGUGGCGCUGCUUUACUCCUGCACUGAAGUUCUCCGGCUGUUCCACGUGGACUACGCCUGGAUUCUGUCCCGCAGCCGUUCUCUCCCACCAGAGACCAUCUACCACGCCAAGGAGGUCUUCUCUCGGGACAACAUCGAUGUUAGUCGGAUGGUUCCGACCGAUCAGCACGGCUGUGAGGGCGGGGCUUAAAACUACCACCACCAUAUCCAUAAAUUUACAUAUACAAAUAUGACAGAUGAAUCUCUUAGCAUAAACGCUUUAAUAAGCGGAGGUGGAAAAAGUGCUUACAAUUACUUUUUUGUUUCUCAUAAUAUCAGUUAUAUUUGUGUGCAUUUUACUUUUACAUGCAGUAAAUAGUCAUAUGGAGAAAUUAUUAUUAUUAUUAUUAGAUUACAUAAAAAAUAACUCAAUUCCAUGAAAAAAGUGUGAAUUCAGAUGAGUGAUGCUGAAUUUAUGGUUAUUUAACAGAUUGUUAUCUGAAUGAAAAGGUUUAAACGCUAGCCCCGCUCUUAACCCCGCCUUUAACCCCGUUCCCAACCCUGAUCGUUGCACAUUUUUAUGCAAAUGAAUACAUGGGAAUUGUUAGUUGUUUUGUUUUGAAAUUUGACCCAAAACCAUUUAAUUAAAAUGUAAACUUGAAUAUGUUUUAAUGUGCACACGUGUUUAACUUAGUAGUAUAAUAUUGAUUUCUGCUUUUAAUUAAGAUUUUAACACAAAUAAUUUUUUCGGCACUUUUUCCUUCUGUUCUAAAUGUUUUUGUCAUAUCAUGGUUCUUCUUGAUGGAAUAAAUAUUUUAUCAAAGUUUGUUUUAUUUGGCUGCUGUAGUUCUGAAUCACAUCCAAACAGCGCCCCCUAUCGACCAAACACUUUAUAUUUUGCAUGUAUUUUCAUUUUUAUCCUCUGUUCCAUUCAAACUUUCAGUUCUAUCAGCUGAAUGUUUAUAAUUAGAAUGAACGUUAGAUAUAUUAAUGUGCUUGAGCUUAACACAUGAUCAUAACAUUUUAAGAUAUGUCAGUUUGUCCUACAUAAAUACUUCCUGUGCAUGAUGUUAAAAAUAUCUUUUAAUGACUCUC